AUGGCGGCCUCCGCGACCCAGUCCGUGUCCCUCAAGGUCGCUGGCCCCUCGGACGUCACCGACGUCGAGAACCUGAAGGUGGUGACGACGAUCACGAACACCGGCGACGAGACGCUCAAGCUCUUCAACGACCCGAACUCGGCGCUCAGCACGCUGCCCGCGGACACGUUUCGCAUCGGCAACUCCGCGGGCGCGGCGCCGCAGUUCACCGGUAUCAAGGCGAAGUACUCGCUCAAGACCGCCGCGGAGAAGGGCCUCAACGCCUUCACUGUCCUCGCGCCGGGCGAGUCCGUCGAGCGCGAGCAUGACCUGAGCCAGGCGUACAACUUCACGACCUCGGGCGAGGACACGUACACGUUUGACGCCGCCAAGUCCUUCUUCCACCUCGCCGACGACGGCACCUUCAAGACCGUGGAGGCCAACACGGAGGUGCACUCGGCGAAGCUCGCGGGCAAGCUUGCCGUCUCGCGCCCGCGCGUCGGGCGCCGCGCUGAGUUCGAGGGCUGCUCGGACGACCAGCAGUCGCAGAUCAACGACGCCGCCGCGGCGGCGACUGACUAUGCGGCGAAUGCGUUCGACUACCUCACCGCGAACACGCAGGGCACGGACCGCUACACUACCUGGUUCGGCGAGUACAGCGCCGACCGCCACGACACCGUCCUCUCCCACUUCCAGAAGCUCCACGAGGGCGACUUCAGCAGCUUCACGUACAACUGCGAGUGCACGGAGGAGGGCGUCUUUGCCUACGUGAACCCCGAUGACUACGGCCACAUCCACCUCUGCCCUGUCUUUUGGCAGGUCGAGACCACCGGCACGGACUCCCAGGGCGGCACCAUCGUGCACGAGUCCUCCCACUUCACCGCUAACGGCGGCACCGACGACGUCGUUUACGGCCAGGACGGCGCGAAGGACCUCGCGAAGAGCGACCCCGACCAGGCGAUCACGAACGCCGACAGCCACGAGUACUUCGCGGAGAACAACCCUGCGCAGGACUGA